AUGGCAAAAUCAGGGUGUUAUUUGUGGAUGAUGUUGAUCUUGAUCUUAACUAAUUUGUUAUCAGAGAAGAAAAUGGUUGAAGGAAGAAAUAAGAAGGGUGUUGUUGUUCCAGGGAUUGUAGUAUUUGGAGAUUCAUCAGUAGAUUCAGGUAAUAACAACCAUAUUUCAACUAUUUUAAGAAGUGAUUUUGCUCCAUAUGGUCGUGAUUUUGAAGGUGGAAAACCCACAGGAAGAUUCUCCAAUGGCAAAAUUGUUACUGAUUUUAUUUCUGAAGCUUUUGGGAUCAAACCCACAAUCCCAGCUUACUUAGAUCCUACUUAUAAUAUCACUCAUUUUGCUUCUGGUGUUUGCUUUGCUUCUGCUGGAACUGGUUAUGAUAAUGUCACUUCUGAUCUUUUCUCAGUGAUCCCUCUAUGGAAAGAACUCCAAUAUUACAAAGAAUAUCAAAAGAAACUGAGAGACUAUCUUGGCCCAUCAAAGGCCAACACUACCAUUUCCCAAUUCCUUUAUGUCAUAAGCUUAGGCACCAAUGACUUCCUAGAAAACUACUUCCUCCUUCCUACAAGAUCCUCUGAGUUUUCACUCCAAGACUACCAAAAUUUUCUUGCCCGAGCCGCCGAGGACUUUGUUCGGGAGCUCUACGCACUCGGCGCUCGCAAGAUGUCGAUCGGGGGGCUCCCGCCGAUGGGGUGCCUACCAUUGGAGAGGAGCUCAAGGUUGGUUUUUGGAGGUGGUGGUGAAUGUGUUGACAAGUACAAUAGAGUUGCAAGGGAUUUCAAUGCCAAAUUGAUGGGGUUAGUGGAAAUGAUGGAGGAGGAAUUGGAAGGGAUUCGGAUUGUGUUUGCCAAUCCAUUUGAUGUUCUUUAUGAUAUGAUUCAGCAUCCUAGUUAUUUUGGGUUUAGUAAUUCAGCAAGAGCAUGUUGUGGAACAGGUAGAUUUGAGAUGGGUUUCAUGUGCUCCAAAAUGAACCCAUUUACAUGUUAUGAUGCCAAUAAAUAUGUGUUUUGGGAUGCUUUUCAUCCCACACACAAAGCUAAUUCCAUUAUAGCAAAUCAUAUUGUCCAAAAUUAUCUUUCAAUCUUUCUUUAA